CUCGUCUGCAAUGCAAGGUCUUUUGCUUUACUGCUUGCUGGCCGCCACUCUAGCCAGCAUAGAAGUCCUUGCCCAGGACCUCAACCAGACCAUCGAUGUGAACAAGUUGGCAAAGAUUGUGCAACGGCCUGGAUUCCAGACCCGCGUCGUCGGUGGUGAGGUCACUACGAAUGCACAGCUCGGUGGCUACCUGAUCGCACUGCGCUACGAAAUGAACUUCGUGUGCGGAGGCACCCUGCUCCACGACCUUAUCGUCCUGACGGCAGCGCAUUGCUUUCUGGGCCGGGUGAAGAUCAGCGAUUGGUUGGCCGUCGGCGGCGCCUCCAAGCUCAAUGACAGAGGUAUCCAGCGUCAUGUCAAGGAAGUCAUCAAGUCGGCAGAAUUUCGCGAGGAUGACAUGAACAUGGAUGUGGCCAUAUUACGGCUAAAGAAGCCCAUGAAGGGCAAGUCUCUCGGACAGCUGGUACUGUGCAAAGAACAGCUAAAGCCAGGCACGGAACUCCGCGUUUCCGGCUGGGGUCUCACCGAUAACAGUGAGUUUGGCCCUCAGAAACUAUUGCGUACGGUGACAGUGCCAGUCGUGGAUAAGAAAAUGUGUCGUGCUUCCUAUCUGCCGACGGAUUGGGAAAGUCAUAAGCACUUUGAUUUAUUUGUAAAAGUUCACUUAACAGACAGUAUGUUUUGCGCCGGAGUGCUGGGAAAAAAGGAUGCAUGCACCUUCGACUCCGGCGGUCCGUUGGUGUACAAGAAUCAGGUGUGUGGCAUCGUGUCCUUCGGCAUAGGGUGUGCCAGUAAAAGAUACUACGGUGUCUACACGGACAUAAUGUAUGUGAAGCCCUUUAUCGAGCAGAGCAUUAAGGUGUUGCUGGCAAAACGAUGAUUAAAUUUCAAAAUUAAAGA